AAAAGCUUGUUUAUAUAUAUAUAUAUUAUAUAAUUCGGGUUUUAUAUUACCUUUUGAAGCAAAGAUGUCGAACAUUCAAGAAAAUUUGAAGGCAGGGGAAUCCCAGGUCCAGGGAAAGGCCGAGGACAUGAUGCAAUCCACAAAGGAUAUAGCCAAUGCAGCCAAAAACAAGACCGCUGAUACAGCUCAAUCAGCUAAAGACAAGACAGCUGAUGCAACUCAAUCUGCUAAAGACAAGACAGCUGAUGCAACUCAAUCAACUAAGGAGUCUGCCCAGCAAGGGAAGGACCAAAGUGCCGGUUUCCUCCAGCAGACAGGGGAACAGGUGAAGAACAUGGCUCAGGGCGCUGUGGGCAAUGUGAAGAGCACACUUGGAAUGGGUGACAAGAAAUGAAGGAAAAACAGCUCUCUGUUUCUCACUAUGAUGUCGUGCUGCAUUAAUGGAUUUACGUUUUUCUAGGUUCUAGCAAAAUUGUGUGUUGGGGUGAGAUUUGAGGAUUCUUUUAAGAAAACUCCUCGAUCGGUUGUAAUAAGGCCUAGUCUUUUGUUUUCAAUCUUUUACCUUCUUCAUUGUAGUAGGCAGAUAUAAUAUGGCUCAACAAUAAUGCAAUUGUAAUGCAAAAGAAUUCU